AUGUGGGUGCGCGCGCUUGUGGCCUGCGCGGCGCUCUGCGCGUGCGCGCGCGCUUGGCUCGGCGGGGCCGUGUGCGCGCGGGAGGCGGCGGGCGCGGGUGGCGCGCGCUACGUGGCGUUCCUGAGCGCCGGCACCGGCACCGGCACCGGGCCCGCGCUGGUCGAGAGCGUCUGGGCCUCCCCCGGCCGCCUCCGCGCCUGCUUGGCCCGUCGCGAUCCGCGCCUCGCCCGCGCCUUCCGCGCCGCCUGCGCGCACCGCCCGCCCGCCGCGCCCGGGGCGGCGCUGCGCCGGGCCCUGUCCGCGCUGUGGCGGCGCCGUGCUGCCUGCACCGACCCCACGCCCCCGGGAGCGCAACGCCGCCGCCGCCGCCGAGGCUGGACGCUGCCAGGAACGCUGUGGUGUGGCGCGGGAGACUCGGCGGGGAACUGGAGCGAGUUGGGGCUCUUCCGCGGCCCCGACCGCUGCUGUCGGGAGCACGACCAGUGCUGGGCGCAGAUCACGGCGCUGCAGUUCAACUACGGCAUCCGCAACUAUCGCCUGCACACCGUGUCCCACUGCGAUUGCGACGCCAGGUUCCGGCGGUGCCUGCUCGCCAUCAACGAUACCGUCUCCAACAUCAUCGGCGUCACAUUCUUCAACCUGUUGGAGGUGCCGUGCUUUGUGCUGGAAGAGAGCGAGGAGUGCGUCCGGUGGCACUGGUGGGGCGGGUGUGAGCGUUACGGUGUAGUGCCUCUGGCCAGGAUGGUGCAGCAGAAUCAGUACCAUCCCAGCCUACCAGCGGAGGAGCCCCCGGGCAAGGGAAGGAAUUUCUCUAGAACAGGGAGGAAGCAGCUUCGACAGGAACUGAGGGCAAAGCCUGGGCGCCGCCAGUCUCGGAGACCUAAGGCAGCCCAGCAGCCACAGGGCCCAGGUACUCCUGCGCCGGCCAGGGAUAACGAUAAACUAACAACCAGGCAUCCAGCAGUGCAGUGGGGGCUAGAGCCUGGCCCUGCAACAGCAUUGACAGUGUCAGGACAGGAUCUGGUUGGAGCAGAGCAAGGAGCUGGAAUCUCAGCACGCCCUUGGUAUGGCAGCACUGGAUCCAGCCCAGCCACAGCGCAGUGUGGAGCUACCCCCAUGCCAGCUGUGAGCGGGCGCAGGCAGCAGGGCCCAGGCAGGGGGUGCAGGUGCAAGAAGCACCUGGGUAAGUGUGAGCACCAGAUUGCACCCCACGAGGCAAGGUACCAGCUGCACAACGUGGACAGCCGGACACUCCUCCACUGCAACUGCACACGCAGACUGCUGCGGUGCCUCCACAGGGCAGGGGACUGCAGUGACAUGGACAUGACCGUCCUGGCUGACCACUUUGCCAUGGACUGCUUUGUUCUAGAGCUGCCUGCUGCCUGCAGCCCAGGCAGGGGGUCACAGCACAGCUGUACCACAGGGGCCAGGGCUGUGCUUGUACCUGCUCGGCAGCUCAAAAAGAUUCUAAGGCGCUGGGGCUCUCUGCAUCUGAGCUCCAAGGCCAAGCGUCCACAGAAGACACAGGCCAGGGGAGGCACCUUCUGUGAGAAGUGCCAGCAUCUGGGCGUAGAGCAGACACCGGGUGCUUGGCCCCACACAGUGCUUCGAUGACACCCAAGCAGCACAGCCUUGGGAAGGAAGGGGAGGAAGAUGUGCUGUGCAGCACCUGCAGCCUGGAGCUGCUUGGGGUCCUCAAGUCAAAGGAUGGCACUGAGCAUGGCUGUUGGCAUGACAGCAUGGAGCUGGGUACCACAGCCAGAGAGGCAGAGGGACUGAAAAGCCUCAAGGAGCUGUAGCUGCCAUCCAUGAGUAUCAAAAGCAAGGGGAAAUAGGAGGGCCCAGGAAUGGGGAAACCAUUGUCUUUCUUCCCUGGUGUGCUCUGGGGCAGGAUGGAUGGCAGGGUGCCCCACCCCUAGAUUUGUGACCCUUCAUCUGGGGGGUCUGAGCAGUGAGGUAUGAUCCUGACCCUCUUGCCCAGGCAGAGUAGGAGGGCUGGGGUCAGUACCUGCAUGCAGCAGAGGAAAUAAAGGGUGGUCAGAGCA